UUUUGAUUAUAUAUACUUAAAAAAUAAAAAAAAAUUAUAAAACCCAUUGACCAUCCAUGAUGACUAUUCGCCUUUCUUCCGUGGAUACUUUUCGUUCUUCUGAUCAUGGAAGCUAAUGCAUUCCAAGCUAAAGCUGAAAAUACAAAGGUUGAAGCUCAGUCGGAGAAUGGUUCUUCAUCUGGGCAGUUCACAUGGGAAAUUGAUAAUUUUUCUAAACUUAAUGUGAAGGGGAUAUAUUCGGAUACAUUCCAUGUAGGAGGCUACAAAUGGAGGAUUCUAGUUUUUCCUAAAGGGAACAACGUGGAACAUUUAUCAGUAUAUCUAGCUGUUGCUGAUUCAGUAACUUUGUCUCAUGGGUGGAGUAUAUAUGCCAUGUUUAGCUUAUCUGUUAUCAACCAACUUGAUCAUAGAAACACAGUUACAAGAGAAUUGGAACAUGAGUUUAAAGCAGGUGAGAAGAACUGGGGUAUCCCAUCAUUUCUUGCUCUUGGGGAACUACAUGACCCUAACAAAGGUUUUCUUGUGAACGACUCUUGCAUAGUUAAAGCAGAGGUAACAUUGAAGAAAGAGGAAGAUGAAAAGGAGCUAGAGAUAGAGGAAAAGGAAGACCCUAUUGAAUCUCAGCCAGAACCUAAGUCUCUUGAUUCACAAACUAUCAUUCCAGAUGCUCAUCUAAGUAAUCUCCGUACAACACCAGAGAAUCUCAUUCCUGAGCAAAUAACACAAGUGGCAAUUCCCUCGAAAGUUAAUGGAGAAAAUCUUGUGGAGAAAACAAGCACUUCUCAUGCUCAAGCCAUUACUGCUGCUACUCUCUUAAUUGAAUCCUUACAACAGAAUCAACAGGUUGCUCUUAUAACCAAGGAUGUGCAGGAAGAAGCUAAAACGACAACCAUCCCAUCGUCCCCGCCUAUUGUUGAUUCACCAUCUGUUCAGCUUGCUCAGCAGCCAACUCUUGUAGAGGCUGAAAUAAGUCCCUCUUAUUUGUCUGAAUUAGAUGCCUUAUUUGGAGACAUUCAAAAUCUAUUAGGAGUAAAGAAUUCCAACUCAAACACAUUGAGCAGCUCCACCCCUCCUCCUAGCAAAGAGGAGAUUUCCCAUGCAAAAAACGUUUUCAAAGAAUGCCUUAAUAUGAAGCUUGCCAAUAUCAUCAAAGAAGGUCGAGAAAUUGAGCUCAAGAAUUCACUUUCCAUCAUGAUUACUGGCAAUGCGUGUCCUAAUCACAUGGUAAGUUUUACAACCAAGUUUAUAGACAACUUUGAGCAAUACGCAGGUGCGCGGCAAGACUUGAGGGAGGUUCAAGAUAAGGAAAAAUCAAUAGAUGAACUGGAGACCACCGCGAAGCAAUUUGCUUCUGAGUUCACGACUCUAAGGAAUCAAGCUGAGACUGUUGAUCAAGAUAUUGCUGAACUAGAGAGACAGUUGAGCGAAAAGAAGGCAAAUAAGGUUUUGCUUAGAAAGAGUUUUGAAGAUUUAGCCGAUCGAGCAGCUACUUCAAAACAAGCAUUGAUCGAUGCUCAUGAGGUCAUGUCGUUGUUGAGAAUCAAGAAGAAACAAGCAGAGAAGAUGGUUACUGAAAUGGAAUGUUCAUGGGAGUUUUUAAAGACUACAAUUCCCUGAUUCUGAAGCCAACUACCUCAAAUUGUCAACUCAGCUAAAUAAUUAUAAUUAUUCAUUGAUUGUGCUUGUCCUAGGUAGCAUAGUCUAAUGGUGGUAGGUAGUUCACCUCAUAAAUUGACUGAUAUAAUGGGGUUGGCUGGCCUCUAUCUAUGCUAUGCUCUUCUUUGUUUUGCUUAGUGAUCUCAAAAGGCUAGAUCUUGAGGCUCCCUCAAUUUUAAAGUCUCUGCAUAAUUAAUGGUGUCCAAAUUCCGUGGUAUAAAA